AUGUUGGACCAACAUCAUGACGGAGGGGCCCGAGUUUCCAACCUCACUUACUAUCAAUGCCUUGGUAGUUGCUGUGAGAAUUGGGCUCUGGAGUGGUUUGAAGAAAGCGUGACACUGACACUGACACUGUCUUGGCUGAAAAUGGCCUCAGGCACGGAAACGGUGGACGUCGUGGUUCAGUCGCUCAUUAACGCCGGGGUCAAGUACGUCUUUGGUGUUCCUGGAGCCAAGAUUGACUCGGUAUUCAACGCCCUGGUCGACCAGCCCGAGAUAAAGCUCAUCGUCUGCCGCCACGAGCAGAAUGCAGCGUUCAUCGCCGGUGCCAUCGGCAAGAUCACGGGCAGGCCAGGGGUAUGCAUCGCCACCUCGGGCCCAGGCACGAGCAACCUGGUCACCGGCCUGGUGACCGCCAACGACGAGGGGGCACCCGUCGUCGCCAUCGUGGGCAGUGUCAAGCGGGUUCAGGCUGCUAAGCGCACCCACCAGAGCCUGCAGGCCGUCGCCCUGCUCAGGCCCGUCACCAAGAAGGUCACCGCCGCCGUCGUCGAGGACCAGGUUUCGGAGAUGAUGCUCGAUGCGUUCCGUGUUGCCUCGGCAUCCCCGCAGGGAGCCACCGUCGUGAGCUUGCCCAUCGAUAUCAUGACGGCGGGCCACAAGUCUUCGAUCCCGGCUGCUCCUCCUUCCGCCUACGAGCCCCCAGAGUACGGGCCAUCGUCUAAGAAGUCCCUCGACGAAGCUGUCAGACUCAUCCAGGGGGCCAAGUUCCCCAUUCUCUUCCUUGGAAUGCGCGCUGCAGACCCCAAGGUGAUAGCAGCAGUUCAUGGCUUCCUGCGAAAGCACCCGAUCCCUGUGGUCGAGACUUUCCAGGCCGCGGGUGCCAUCUCGCAGGAGCUGGUCCACCUAUUCUAUGGCCGCGUUGGCCUGUUCCGCAACCAGCCGGGAGACAAGAUGAUGUCCCAUUCCGACCUGGUCAUCACAGUUGGCUACGACCAGGCCGAGUACGACGCCGACGGGUGGAACAGCUCGGGCAGGCUCCCCAUCGUCCACAUGGACACGAACCAGGCGGCGAUGAGCCUCUCCUACGACCCCAAGCUGGAGCUCAUCGGCUCGAUGCCGGAAAACCUCGCCGAGCUGACGGGCAGGCUCGACAAGGUAGCCCGCCCGCAGGAGACCGAACUCGGCAAGUCCAUCUACAAGACAUUCCACGAGUGGGAGAACAGCGAGAAGGCCCUGGGGAAGAUCAACCCUGCCGGGCCUGUACACCCACUCCACUUCACCCGGCUGCUCCAGGGCAUCAUCUCCCCGCAGACGACCGUCAUCUCCGACGUCGGCUCGCAUUACAUCUGGCUCAGCCGGUACUUCUACUCGUACAACCCCAAGACCUUCCUCGUGUCCAACGCACAGCAGACACUGGGCGUUGCCCUCCCGUGGGCCAUUGGCGCGUCGCUCGUCCACGGCCCGUCGCAGAAGGUCGUGAGCGUCUCUGGCGACGGCGGGUUCCUGUACAGCGGGCAGGAGCUGGUCACCGCCGUGCAGCAGGGCUGUAACAUCACACAUUUUAUCUGGAAUGAUGGCAAGUACAACAUGGUCGAGUUCCAAGAGGUCGAAAAGUACGGCCGUAGCGCGGGCGUUGACCUGGGCGGCGUGGACUUUGUCAAGUACGCCGAGGCGUUCGGCGCCAAGGGCCUGCGGGUGACCAGCUCGGAUGAGAUGGAAGCGGUCAUGAAGGAGGCACUGGCUUACGAGGGUGUCUGCGUGGUGGAUAUAGUGAUCGACUACACGGACAACCAUGACUUGAUGAGCCACGUCCUUCCGGACAGCAUCUCUUAA